AUGAGGAGAAACAUGAACUUUCUAUUCUGGAACUGGAUGGCUGCAGUGAUGGUCCUCAGUCAAGCCAGGCCCAAACUCAAGCACGAGCUACAGCCAGGCAGUGGGUUGAAGUCAGACUGUUUAGGAAACCUGAUGAGGCUGUCGCUGGACAAGGCUUUAGCUGUCGGGAAUCAGCUGGAAGUGGAAGCCAUCAAUGGCACCAAAAGUGUUGUCUUGACCCCGAACCUGGCGGCUCAGUGUGGCUACAGCAUGGAGUCUGACCCCUGGGGCAACACCAGGAUCUACUCCUCUCUGCUGGGCUGCUAUGUGGGCAACAGAGAUGACACGACCUUUGACCUCGGUCUGAGACUGCACAUGUACAGCGAGUCGUCAUCGUCUGAGGUUUUCAGUCAUGACGUGUCGCAGACAUGCAGCUACUCUCAGUGGGCCUCCCGGGAGGUUCUGUGUGACCGGAACUACAUGGAGGUGUCCCACUCCAUGUCUAAACUUGACUCUCCAGCUGAUGUGAAGAAUCAGGACAGCUCAAAGAGCAACGUCAUCCCUGGUGCCUCUGACGGAGAGCUUGGUAUUUGGAAGGUGACCUUCUACAACCCAGAACCGGUGAUCAUGGUGCUGAAAGAGGUGGAACAAGCCGGUUACGGUGCAACCACGACCUCCAACCGCCUGGUCAUGCGCAGCCCGUACAACAUGGCGGAGACCUACCACGAAGACGUGGCUGGAGUGCCUAUGGAGGUCUUCAAGGUGAGCGCCUUCUACAAGACCUUCCAGGGGAUAAAUGUGGUCAACAUGGCUGCAGCUUGUCCCACAGGCGGCGUCAUCUUCACAGAGGACGUGAUCGCCUGGCACGUCCCUCGCCGGCUGACCCCCGUGAUGGACCCCGGUUACUCCAUCAGGGAAAUGCACAUGGGCAUCGACGGCCAGCGGCUGACGCAGGCGCAGAUGUCGGCUCGGGGAUACACUCUGUCCCUGACAGACUUUCACUUUGUCGUCGAGAUCCCGGUGGGCGCGGCCGACGGCUACAACAAGAGCCAUGCCCCAGAUAACCAGUACCACACCAGCUACUCUGUGGAGCCCAUGCUGGAGGUUCUCUGGAGAGCGGAGCAGUCCCGGGAGGAGGCCAGGUACAAGGUCCUGUUCCCCAUCACCACCCAGCUGAUGCCCCGCCCACCCCAGGUCUACGACUAUACUGAUCCAGAGAACCGCCUCUUUAUUGUGUACGUGGGCACGUUCCUUCAUGAUGUGGAGCUGAGGAACAUCACCUUCUCAGACGGGGUUCUGUCUGUGGAUGAGUCCAACGCUAAAGGCUUCCUGGUUCAGGAGCAUAGCCACCCAGGUGGACUGAAGAGCUUCUCUCUGCAAGUGCCGUUUGAUGCCGACAACGUCCUGAAACAUAACCCUGAAAGGUUGGUCACCCACUACUUCCUGCCUCUGGAGUUUGGCUUCGUCAUUAAUCCAGAGGAAAUUCCAUUUUCUCAGAAGGUGGAACUGGAGGCUUCUUUGGCGGAUGUUGUUCUCCCCACUCUCUCUGGGACCUGCGACGACAACUUGUUUUAUGUAUCGGGUAAAUAUGGCAGCGGCGGCAAAGAAUUCCAGAUGAUGGUGGGUGCUCAGGUGGUAACACCCGACCUCAGGAAGCGCUACAAGUUCUACGAGAAUGCCACCCACUUCAGCAUGGUGGUGCCAUACGUGGCCAAGGACGUCGUGUACGAGAGCUUGUCCCAGAAUUCGGUUCGGGCCAGACUGGACUUGCUACUGUGGGAACCCAACAACAACUGGGCGCUUGCUGAUCUCUACCUGACGUGCAACUUCCCCAUGAUCACGACCAAGUGCUUCUCCAAUGGCACCAUCUCGGCUGUAGCUGUGAAGGUGGAGUCGGUACCAAACCUGAUCCCCAGCUGGCUCACUCUGAGGGACAAGUCCUGCCGACCUGUGUUCAGCAACGACCACUUUGCUCAGUUCUCAUUCAGCGCAAACUCCUGCGGAACCACCAGGACGUUCUUCGACCAAUACAUGAUUUACGAGAAUGAAAUUGGUCUGAGUUACGAUGACGUAGGAGCCGCUUACACGUCGCCAGUCGACCCGGAGUACAGGCAAACUGUCUCCUGCUACUACUUGGUCAACGACACUCAGAGUAUCGGCUUCAGCUACAAACCACAGGGGAACCAGCCCAUUGCUCAGAUCGGAAACGGACAGUUUGUGGUGCUGAUGAGACUGGCGCACGACUCUUCGUACAAUGUCUUCUACCAAGCUGAGGACUACCCAGUGGUCCAGUAUCUCCGGCAGCCGCUCUUCUUCGAGGUGGAGCUGCUGCAGUCGGACCAGAACCUGGUGCUCGUCCUGGAGAACUGCUGGGCCACUCUCUAUGAAGACAGAACCUCCGUUCCCAGCUGGGACCUCGUUGUGAACAGGUGUGAGAACCGCGACGACAGCUCCAUCACCCGCUUCCAUCCUGUAGCAGCCGACUCCAGAAUCAGCAUCCCGGCCCACAUCAAGCGGUUUUCCUUCAACAUGUUUACAUUCGCCCAAGACAACGAAGUUCUUCAGAGCCAGAUCUACGUGCACUGCGACGCCGCCGUCUGCGACCCCAGUAGCCAGAGCGACUGCAGCAGCCGCUGCCAGACUCCAAGCUCGCACCCGUCAGUGUUCCAGGCAGCUAAAGGCCAAAAUCGAGUGCAACAGAGUGCCGGGCAUCAGAUCUCCUCUGGACCGAUUCUGUUACGAACCCAGUGA